UUCUUGAAGAAGUAUAUAUAACGUGGCCUGCAAUCGUAAAUAGUCUUCCCAUCAUCGAACAAUUUUCGCUCUCCGACUACACAGUGAUCUCACGCAAACCACAAUCUUCGUCGUUAAGCACUUCGCCAUUAUCAAUCAGCUAUUGUUCUCCUCAAGCAACCUUGAAUAUGCAUUCAAACACUCCAUUAAUUCUUUUCUCUUUCGCUCUAAUCACUUCCUCAAACGCCUUACCCUACACGCCCCUUGCCCCACCAACACCAUCACCUCCAUCCUGCAAAGACCUGACGCUCUCCAUCACCGCGAGCGCACUCAACUGGGACCUCCCUCCAUAUCCUGCCAACGCCACAGACGUAGCGACGCUAGGUCGAUACCUAGGCCAGACAGUCCCCGCGUCCAAUUUCAGCUCAAAGCCAAAGAUUAAGGUUGACGGGACAUGGGAGAUUUCAGCGCGGUACUGUGAGCCGAGCAUUAAAGUUAAAGAAAGAGAAGGGGAGGUAGUGCAGUUGCUACUUCAUGGGUUCCUGUCAAACAAACUAUACUGGCAUGGGCUAGACUACCCCAACCCAGACUACUCGACCCAGUACGACUAUGCCGCACACGCAACUUCGCAAGGCUACGCAACGCUCAGCAUCGAUAACCUAGGCAACGGAGAAUCUUCUCACCCUGAUCCCCUGAAGAUCGUUCAGUUCCCCCUCCAACAAGCCAUUAUCCGCACCAUCAUCUCGAGCUUACGCAACGGAACCCUGAAUCCGGUCAACAUUCCCGCGAAGUUCGAGAAAGUGGUUAUGGUGGGCCAUUCGUACGGCGCACUGCAUACACGCGAACUCAGUAUCGUGAACCCGAAAGGUGAAGACGGCGGAGCAGACGCGUAUAUUCUUACAUCCACAGCGUUGAAUCCAUUGGGUCUGAGCGCGAUUGUGAGUCAGGCUACCGCAGGGAGUGCGAGCGUCUUUGACACUGCGCCAUCCUCGAAGGAUUUACCGAAUGGAUAUAUGGCUGGAAAAUUAUCGGCAUGGGAGACGUAUUUGUAUCCGUCUGUUGAGAGGGGGGAGGUUGAUGAGAAGGUGAUUGAGUUUGAAAAACGCGAGUUUGCGCAUACGUUUACGGUUGGAGAGUUGGCGUCGCCGAAGUUGAAUACGACGUCUGAGUUUGAGGGGCCUGUGUUGGUUAUGACGGGCCGAAAUGAUGUGCUUGUUUGCAGUAAUGGGACGAUUGCUGGAGCAGCAAUUGCGGAUUGUGGAGUUGGAAAAGAAGGGAUAAUUGCGGCCAUGGAGAAGGUGUAUCCGCGUGCGAGAUUUGGAGUAUAUGUGCCGGAUAGGACCGGGCACAUGCUGAACUUCGGGUAUUCCGCUGCUGAGACAUUUGGAGCGGCGCAUAUGUUUCUGGAGGAAAACAGAUUGUGA